AUGUGGAUGGCGCAGACCGGCAACAAUGACCAGUUCACCUUCGCCGCCGGGUUUGGCCGCACCAGCGACGGUUCCAACGGCGAAACCUCUGGCCUCGGCUACGACUACUUGAUGAUGCAGCCCACCCGCGGGGGCGGCGACGGCAGUCGCGGCGCCAUCUCGUUUGGAACGUUCGACGGUGAAGUCGGCGUGACCGACGGGAGCCGCGACCUGAACGACGGCGGCCUGCACCACGUGGUGAUGACCGUCAACGCGACCGACCUGGCCUACUACGUUGACGGCAUGCAGAUUGGCGUCGCGCCACUGAGCACGAUCGCCGGCGCCUCGCUGGCCAACGUCAGCAACGACCUGGCCUACCUCGGUCGCGCCCUGUACCCGGACCCCUACUUUGAAGGCUCGAUCUACGAGUUCAGCAUCUGGGACAACGCCCUGUCCGAGGCCGAAGUCGCGACACGUUUCACCGACGGCUGCAUCGACAACUGUGGCUCAAGGUACCUCGAGAUCAACCGUAUUUCAGGAGAAGCGCAGCUGAUCAACAGCCUUUCCGACGAGAGCAUCAUCAGCUACUCACUCAGUUCGGCCGCCGGGUCACUGAACCCCGCCGGGUGGACCUCGAUCGCCGACACGGGUGACGCCAACAGCGGCGGGUCCAUCGAUGCGGACGAUAUCUGGACCGUCACGUCGGCCACGGGCAACAACCUGGCGGAAGAGGAGCCGGUCGGGGGCGGUGGACCAGACGACGGAGCGCCGCUCGGCGGCGGGUUUUCGCUGGGCAACGUGUGGAGCAAGUCACGAUUUGAGGACGUGACGCUGUCGCUCACGAUCCUUAACCCCGAUUUCACCGAGCGGGUGGAGAACCUGUCGGUACAGUUCGUAGGCAACGGUGGCGAGGCCUUCAGCCGCAGCGACCUCGACGUCGACGGCGACAUCGACGCCGACGAUUACAGCGCGCUGCUGAGUUUCCACCUGAACCCGCUGCCCGGGACCACCGCCUUCGAAACCGCCCCCUUCGGCGACAUCGACGGCGACCUGGACAACGACUUCGACGACUUCCGCUUGUUCAAGAAUGACUUCAUCGCCGCCAACGGCGCCGCCGCGUUUGCCGCCCUGAGCGCCGUGCCGGAGCCGAGCGCCGCGUUGCUGGCCCUGGUCGCCGUGGCGUCGCUGGCCGCACGUCGUCGUUGCGCGGCGAUCACCGCGGUGGCGGCCGUGAUUGGCGGCGAUCACUCAACCGACGCGGUCACGAUCGCCCACUGGGACUUCGAGACCGAUCUGAUCGCGGGCACGGCGGUCAACGGCCAGAAUGUCUCGCACCCGAGCAUCAACGGCGCGUUCGACGCCGCGAUUCAGGACAUCUCGGGGAACGGCAACCAUCUGUCGCGUUUCUCGCAAGAUGGCGCAGGCUUCGCGGUCAUGCAAUUCAGCAACGUCGUGUCGCCGAGCAACCGCACCGGAUCCAACCUGAGCAUCGUCGGCGCCCCUGGCGACUGCUGCGAGGUGCUUUCUUCGGACGGCGACUUGGAGGUUGGCGGAGUAAAAGUUGCGGAUACGCUUUCCGCGUGGACGAUCGAAGCCUCGGUCAACUUCACGGACUCCGCGGGCUGGCAGACGAUUGUCGGGAAGGACGGCAUCGGCCAAGCAACCGCCGGCGACGUCAACCAGGCCCCGCUCUACUUUCAGAAGAAGGGUGACGGCACGGAGCAGUUCCGGAUCAACUACGUCGACGUGACCGGCGCCACUCACAUCGUAGACAGCACCACGACCGCUGUGGCCGGUGAGUGGUACAACCUGGCCGCCACCAACGACGGCAACACCCUGCGGAUCUACGUUAACGGCGUCGAAGAGGGCAUGCUCGACAUCACUACAUCCGCCGACACCCGGAUGGCCGCCCUGAACGAAGCCGGUUUCGCCGGCGACGACGCCACGUCCGACGCCCCCUACGCUUGGACGGUCGCCCGCGGCAUGUACAAUGACGCGCACGGCGACCGCGUCAACGGCUACAUCGACGACGUCCGGAUCAGCGACGAGGCGUUGACGCCAGAUCAGCUGCUCAACGACACCAUCGCGGGCCUAACGCUAGUGGUUAACCACACGACGGGCGGCGUCUUUAUCCGCAACGACAAGGGACAGGCGGCCUCCUUCGACUACUACCGGAUCGACAGCGCCGGCGGGGCUCUGAUGACGUCGGACUUCAACGGCUCGGCGGGUUGGGAUUCGCUCAGUGACCAGGACGCCGACGCAAUCGGCCCCGGACUCGGCGAGAGCUGGGAAGAGGUAGCCGCCGCCAAUUCGUCGGAGCGGCUUGUGGAGCAGUUCUUGCAGGGGAGCACCGGGCUCAACAACGGGUUCAACGUUAGCCUGGGCGCGCCCUACACCGGCGGCAACAACGGCGAUCUCGAGUUCUUCUACUCGGAGGCAGGAUCGGCGGCGCUCAAGCGGGGAACGAUCGAGUACACCACCACGGACCCCGUGAACCCCGAGGGAUUGGCGGGCGACUACAACAGCGACGGCAAGGUGGACGCCGCCGAUUACACCGUUUGGCGUGAUGGCGAUUCGCCUGACAGCUCGCAGGCGGGCUACCAGCUAUGGCGUGACAAUUACGGCGCAACCAGCGCUGCCCCAACUGCCGCCGGCACGGCGCCGGAGCCAACCGCAGCGCUGCUUGGCGCGAUUGGCUGCUCGCUGUUUAUCGGCCGCCGCCGCAGGUAG